UUUUCCUUGCUAUUCCCUGUUACAUAAAAACAAUAAAUUCUUCAACACCUUCGUUUCCACAUAUAAUAUAACUGAGAAGUGAAACACCAAUUCUCUAUACCUAGCUAUUCAGACAAACAUUCUUAUUCAACACAUCAAGCAAGCAUGUACGAUAACAAGUCCUUACACAAGGAACGAGGUAGCGCUAAAUGUUUCGUAUGCAUUCUCGCUUCCUUCGUCAUCUUAUGUGCACUUCUACUGGUUUUGGUGUCUAUAACACGUGUGAGGGAGCCACGUGUCAAAAUAAGGUCAGCUACGUCCAACCAAAUCACUCACAACGCUUCAUCAUCGUCACCUUCCUUCAACGCCACCAUCAUCAUCUUUAUCAGCAUCGACAACCCCAAUUUCGAUGUCUUCGCUUACGAGAAUUGCAGUGUGAGUGUGCUCUAUGCGGGUGUGAAGAUUGGUGAUAGACCAAUCAACGGUGACAAAGUGAGUAUCAGAAAAACCAAAGAAAUUAAUGUUACAGUUGAUUUGAGGUCCGGUGGUGAUCAGGUACCCGUUACUGCUAAUUUUUCCGGUGACAUGAAUUCAGGGAGGUUGAAUCUCACCAGCUACGCCAAGUUUACUGGCACGGUUCGUUUUUUCAAAAUUAUGAAUGUCAAAAAGAGCAUCCAAAUGGCUUGUGCUAUGAAGCUCAACUUCACCUCUCACGUACUUCAGAAUAUUCAAUGCCAAUAGUAACAUUUCUUCCUGGUUUCUCACAGUUUGCACUUUUUUCUUUGCUUUCCUUUUCAUUUCAUUGUCUUAAUUAAGUGCACUUAUCUCUUUUUUUUUUUAAUUAUCUUAUUUGUAAUAUUUUUAUAUAGAAUUUUAUUUUAUCAAUGUAGUUUAUUUUUUUAACGAUAUAGAAAUC